AUGAUGUCCCGCGUCGUCCUCUUCCUCUUCGGCCUCCUCUCCCUCCUCGCGGGCUCGCAGAUCCACGCCGCCCCCGUGGCCGAGAUCGUCGCGCGCCAGACCGGGAACCUGCAGUGCAACCUCGACCGCCUCUCCAUCGUCUCCAGCGUCAAGAACCUCCAGGACACGCUCUCCCAGAUCGCGUCCAGCGACAGCUCCACCGCGGACGCCGUCGCCGCCGUCCAGAGCGACGUGAGCGACGCCCAGGGCGGGAUCGCGACGAUCGCGCAGGCGCUCGUCGCCGGGCAGGCCGCGCCCGCGUCCGCGCGCGACGUGGUCAAGCAGGGCCUCGUCUCCGCCGGGACGGACCUCGCGGCGGUGACUUCGUCGGACGCGGCGACGACGAAGCUGAUCACCAAGGCCGGCACGCUCCUCACCAAGGCCGGCCAGGCGGGCGAGGGCGUCGUCUCGAACUGCAAGUGA